AUGUCUGACACUGUCCGACGUCUUCCUUGGGGUGCUGAAAGGCACAUACGUUCAACAUUUACUGUUGAGCCAACAUCAUCUCUUGAUCCAACAAUAAAACCAGGAGAAUAUACACUUCAUGUACUCUUAAAUCAAUUUUUUAUAGCUGCUGAAAUACGUAUUGCUGAUGUAUGUUCUGAAAAUAAACAGCAUUUACCACUCAAUCAAUGUUUGAGACGUGGCGAUGAUGUUCAUUUUGAUCAAUUACUUGAUGUAUUUCAAGCAAUAUCUGAACACUCACUUCCGUCACUUGUUCGUAUUGCAUUUGAAUGGUUUCGUUAUCAUAUUAAUGAAGAUCAGUUAAAAUUACGUGGAACAAAAUCGACAACAACAACAUUUGGAGUCAAAGAUAAUGAUUGGUUUGAAGAACGUCGACAACUUACUGUACAUUUCAUAUUUUGUCUCAUUUUAAUUGAUGUUCUUAAACAACUUUCAUUUCAUCCUGGAUUUGAUAUAUCUAAUAUUGAAGAUCAAGCUUUUAAAUGGUUUCGCUGCAACGAAAAAUUUAAUGACAUGACAUCGACUCAACCAAAUCAAAUUAAUUAUCAAACAAUUUGUGAUCUUUAUGCUGAAGUUGUUGGUGUAUUAGCUCAAAGCCGUUUUUUAUCAAUUAAACGACGUUUUAUGCUUGAAUUAAAUAGUUUACGAAAAGAACCUGCUAGUCCGUCAGUUAAUGCAAACAUUAUAAAUCUCAAUACUGGCAUGAGAUUUUUUCGUGUUAAAAUGACGCCAGUUGAAGAUUUUGAAGCUUGUUUUCAAUUUCUUCUUGAUUUAGCAAAUUAUUUUCUUGAAGUACGUGAACGUGAUAUUAAAAAUUCAUUAGCAAAUUUAUUUGUCGAAAUUUUACUACCUGUUGCUGCAGUUGUUAAACUUGAAGUAAAUAUUCCAAUUGUACGCAAUUUUGUUGAUUUAUUAUAUUCACAUGUUUUCGAUUUAUGUUCAAAAAAUAAACAUCGAUUAGUUAUGUUUCCUCUGAUGACCUGUUUAUUAUGUAUUAGUCAACGACAAGUAUUUUUUACACAUUGGAAUAAAUUUAUGUUACUUUGUUUGGGUAAUUUACGUGGUGAAGCGAAAUUAGCUCGUAUAUCAUUAGAAUCAUUAUAUCGUCUUAUUUGGGUUUAUAUGGUUCGAUUUAAAGGUGAAAAUGUCAAAACAACAAAUCAACAUUUAACAUGUAUUGUUAAUAGUUUAUUUCCAAAAAGUUUUAAAGCAUUAACACCAAAAGAUAUUCCAUUAAAUAUAUUUGUUAAAAUUAUUCAUUUUAUCUCACAAGAAAAAUUAGAUUUUGCUAUGAAAGAUAUUAUAUUUGAUUUGCUUAGUGUUGGUCGAUGUCGAAAUUUAAUGCCUGAACGAAUGAAUGUUGGUUUACGAGCAUUUUUAGUUAUAGCUGAUAGUUUAGCUCAAAAUGAAGAAGAACCAAUGAUGCCUCUACACAAUGUUACAUUUCCAUCGGGACAUACAUUACGUCCACGACGUAUAUGCACAAAAAUGAUAAGUGAUUCAAUAGUAAAAGAAAUUGGUUUACAAAAUUAUUAUGAACCAAUUCGUAAAACAUUUGAUACAAUUCUUAAAAUGCUUGAUACACAAGUUGGUAGAUGUUUAUUAGUAACACGACCGGAUAAUGCAAAUAAAGAUACUGAUGAUUUAUUAAGUGGCGAUCGUAAACCAAAAAUAGAUCUUUUAAGAACAUGUAUAGCAGCAUUACCACGUCUAUUACCAUUAGGUACAUCACAAGAAGAAUUAAUUGAAAUGCUUGCAAGAUUAACAAUACAUAUGGAUCAUGAAUUAGCUGUUCAAGCAUUUCAAUCUCUUCAAUAUUUUGUUAUUGAAUUACCUGAAUGGCGAAAAAGUGUUUUUCGUGGUUUUACAAAUUUUAUUAUUCGUGAAGUAACUGAUCAAUUGAUGUUUUUAUCUGAUACGGGUAAAGCAACACUUGAUCGUUCCAUGCGUUUUUUAUUACAAUUAUUACAACAAUGGAAACAUGUUCUUGUUAGUUCAACAAAUAAACAAAAUCUUGGAGUAAAUAAUCGAUCGAAUUUAUCACAACAAACAGAUAUGGAAACAUUAGCUAUGGCAGAAGGUUUUGGAAUUAUUGCACUUUGUCAAACACAUCAUAGUCGACGAAAAUAUAGUGUUAUGAUAUUACGUGAAGUGAAAAAUAUUGCAGUUGCAUCAAAAUGUUUACAACCCAAUCAAGUUUGUUUAAUCGAUGUAUUAGAUGCAGCUGUACCAACUGUUAUUGAAAAAAUAACACCAUCAUUAACUCUUCAAGAAAAAGCAAAUCUUUUAUGUAAUUCUACGGGUGAUUUAUCAUGGCUUGUUGAUCGUUCAUCAAUGUGGGAUACACAAGAAGAAACAAAAACUAUUCCAACAGUUUCCGAUGUUAAUGUAACAACAAAUGUACUUCAAUCAACAACAUCACUUGUAGCAAUGAAUUCAAAUCAAUCAACAGUUUCACCAUUAAUGAAUACAUCAUCAACAGCAAUAACACCUACACCAUCAUUAGCUAUUAUUCCUCAAGUACAACAAAAUCAACAAUCACAAUCACAAUUAUCAUUAUCAUUACCAAAUUCAUUAUUACAAUCAUCAAAUAAUUUACUUUUAUCAUCACAAACAAUGGCAACAACAAAUUCAAAUGCAUCAACAACAACAAUAGCUUCAACAACAACUCAAAAUGCAAUGAAUAGUAAUAAUUUAUCAAAUUCUUUAACAUCAAAUGAAUUAAAUGCAAGAUUUGAUAUGUGGACAGAAUGUCUUGCAGAAUUAUUUGUAUACAAAAAUAUUCUUAAAUGUCCAUUGACACGUAUUGAAGCAUGGAGAAUGGUUUUUUUUCGUUUAACACAAUUAUUUCCUUAUGUUGAUCCAAAUAGUCAAACAACUGAAAUUCGUUCAUCAUUUGUUUUUCGAAGUACUGAUAUAUUAAAAAAAGCAAAUGAAAGAGAAUAUAAUUUAAAUUUAUGGAAAAAUUAUUUAAUUUGUGCUUGUUGUUUAACUCUUUCCGGCACAGAAAAAUCACAACAAUUUAAUGUUGAUACAAGUGUUUAUCAAGAAACACAUCAAGAUUCAUCGAAAUUUUAUACACCAGCAUCGAAUACUGCCGUAUCAUUAUUUCGAAUUGUUGUUAAUUUACUUCGUUGUGAAACAAGUGAUAUGCGAGAAAUUGUUAUUCGUGGUCUUGGUCGAACGAAUCCUGAAGCAUUUAAAGAUUUAUUGGAAGAUUUAACAGUUCAUAUAAAAGAUGCUAUGGAAGUUAAACAAGAAAAAGUUCGACGAAUGAAAAAACGUGAUUAUAUGCGUUUACGUUUAAUUCGUAUUUUUGAAUUAUUAGCCGAUCGUGAAGUAUUUCGCUAUUGUUAUUUAAAUGAAACUGAAAUAAAACAUACAUCUUAUCAAGUUUAUCAUGAAUAUCUUCAAGGUGCACUUAGUUACCUUGAUCUUGAAAAUGAAAAAGAUUCAGACCUAAUUCAACAAAUUCGUCAAUAUUUUGCUCGAUUUAUUUAUAAAUUUAUUAAUCAAAUUCCUCAUCAAAUACGUGAAACAUUAAUACCACCACAAAUUCGUUAUAGUCUUUUUGAAUUAUUUCGUAAAUGGAGUGGAAAUUUAAAUAUUAUGACUGUUUUUGCUUCGCCAAGUAAUACACGAGAACAACAAAUUAAAUCAGAACCAUGUAGUGAAUUAGAAUUAAUUGCUAUACGAGCAUGUGCAGCAACACUUUGUUGUGGUACAAUAAAAGAUGAAUGGUUUCAAAAGACUGUUGUACCAUGGCUUGAUCAAUUUAUGGCAGCACAUGAGACAAGUCAAUUAUCAGUAACAACUCUUUAUCAAUUACUUGAAUUACAUGGAAAAACAACAAAUACAAUGGUUGUUGAAUGGGUCAUUGAUCGAUGUUAUACGAAAUCAGUUCGUUUUAGUGAUCGAUGUUUUACUGCACUUGCGAAAGUAUUUAUUGAAGUAACCAAUGAUUAUCCAUGUGAUUUACCAUCAGUUUUAACAUUAACAUUAACUAAUGUUGGAUCACCACGAAUGCAUGUUCAUGAAUUAGCAUUAAGAUUAAUGGUUGUUUUAUGUAAAGGACAUUUAAGUGAAUCUCAACCAAGAACAAGUCAACAAUCAAAUGGAAUAUCAUCAUCAGAUGAUAUUGCAUAUAUUAUAUCUCUUGCUUCAAAUUAUUCUAAAAGUCAGAUGAUGUUAAGUGAAUAUUUAGCAAGACGUCGACCAGAUUUAACUAUGGCAAUGUUUUCAGAAAUUACCAUAAGAAUUUUAACAGCAAAUUCAAGUUCACGUGGAACUUUAUUUAUGAUUCUAUUACCAUGGAUACAUAAUAUUGAACUUGUUGAUCCAUCAUUACCAAAAGGUGUUAAUGGACAUGAUAUUCCAUUACAUGAAGAACAUGGAAGUGCAUUUUUAAAAGGAACCGGUUGGGGUUCAGUACAAUCAACUGAACUUGUACUUAAUAAUCUUUUCUAUUUAACAGCAACAUUUUCUUCUGAACAUGCACCUGAACUUGAAUUACUAUGGAAUGCAUUAACUGAAACUUGGUCACAUAAUUUAAAAGUAAUCUUACGUUACAUGUUAAUAAUGAUAACUUUAUCACCAUGUGAAUUAUUACCAUAUGCAAAAAAAAUUAUUCUGUAUAUGUGUAAAAAUCAUGAAGAACGUUUAUUAAAUGAAUUAUUAAAUGAAUUACAAAUAACAGAAUCAUUAAAUAUAUCACUUGAAAGAACAGAUACAUUACCAUUUUAUCGUUUUAAUAAUUCUUCAUCAAUGUUUUUUAUAAAUAAUAAUAGUACAACACAAGUAUCAGGAACUAAUACGGUACGAAAAACAUCAAAUAUAAAUGAAAAUCGUGGAGUUUUACAUACGAAACGUCAUGAUAGUGGAGAUGAUAAUCUUCAACAAGAACAAAUAUCAUAUUUAAAUUCAAAUAAAUUACGAACAUUAUCACAAAAUAGUUUAUCAACAAGUUUUAAUGAAAAAUUAACAGCAGAUAUCGAUAAAGAUCAUCCAACAAUGGUACGUGUUGAUGAAUGUCUACAAGCAGCUCCAUUACCAUUAGCUCCAUAUGGUGGUAUUGCAGCUCCAUUAAAAACUCUUUUACCAGAAUUAUCUAUUCCAGUUCCAUGUCUAUUUCGAUGUAGUAUUGCGGUAAUGCUUAUUAAUGAACUUAUUGUAAGUGGUCUUCAAAUUGAUUGGUCAGCUCAUUUACCACAACUAUUACACGUUGCUAUGCUUGGUAUGGAUCAUAAUCGAGCAAUUGUUUAUGAACAUUGUAAAAGUCUUGUAUUUAAUCUUUUACUUGCAUUCAGUGUUCAAUCUGAACAAAUAUGGUUAAGUGAAAUGCUUCUUUCACAUGUUGAUUGGGAUAAUAGUAAAUUAUCAACAAAAAUUCGUCAAGAACGUGAUACAAAUUAUUUAAAUGCAAAUUGUCAUUCCUUAUUUACUGAUAGUCUUAAUGAUAAUUCAUUAUCUUCAAAUAAUGAAAGUUUAACAGAUACAAUUUCUUCCUCAAAUUUAUCACGCGAAGAAGCUGUUCAACGUUUAAUAACAUAUUUACAUACAAAAAAAGGUUGUCCUCUAUGGGCAUAUGAAGAUAUAACAGCUCAACUACAUACAAUACGUAGUGCAUUACAAUUAACACAAUUUGUUCAAUGGAUUGUUAUUUUAUUUCGUACAUGUGUACCACAAGCUAUGCUUGAAGAACGAUGGAUGGAAUUAGCAUUACGAAUAACAUUAAAUUGUUCAAGUCGACAUUAUGCUGGACGAUCAUUACAAAUAAUUCGUGCAUUAGGUUUACCAUUAAAUUUUCGUUGGGUAAUCGAUAUACUUUCUCGUUUAAUUGGAACAGUUGCUGAACAUAAUGAUGAUAUGCAAGGAUAUGUAACAGAAAUCUUAUUAACAUUAACACAUAAUGUUGAUGCAAUAUAUAAACAAAUCAAAGGUUCACUUUCAACAUCUAUUCAAGCAUUAUCACCAUCAAAAGAAUCAUUAAAUUCUUCUAUAAUAAAUCCAUCAACAUUAACAAAUAAAAUUGAAGCAUUACAAAAUCGUUUAUUUUCAAAUGAUCGUCGACAACAUAAUCAAACAUAUCGUCAUCCAUCACGUGAUCGUUUAUCAAUUGUUGUUACAAAUUCUGGUAUGGCAACAGCACCAACAAGUCCAAGAAAUUUAAAUAUGAAUUCAUCAACAUUAACUGAUGGUUAUUCAACAACAACAAUAUGUCCAAGUAUAUCAACAAAUAAUGGUUUUUUACUUCGACCUGAUGAUCAACAACAAUAUAUAUUACGUCUUAGUCCAGAAUCUGAUCGUAGUUGUUCAUCAACAACAUCAACAUUAACACGUUCACGUAGUGCACAAAAUGUUCGUCAACAACAAAAUCUUUUUUCAAAUAUAAUUACAAAUAAUUCAAAUAAUAAUACAACAAAUACAAAUGAUGUUCAAACAUUAGCUGCAUCUAUUGAUGAUGCUAAAACUGUAUUAGCACAAUUAUUUUGGAUUGGUAUGUGUUUACUUGAAUCAGAUUAUGAAUAUGAAUUUACAUUAUCAAUACAAUUAUUAAUAACAAUUAUAAAUAAAAUACAAUUAAAUACAUAUGAUUAUAUUGAUCGUAUUAUGAAUAUACUUAAAACAAUUAAAUGGCAACAAUUUCCAGGUGUACAAUCAUUAGUUUUAAAAGGUUGUACAUCAACAAUAACAUUUGAAUCAACAAUGAUAUUAAUUAGUUGUUUAACAAAUAUAUUAACAUUACCAUUUAUAUCAAUAAAUAAUUCAUCAUUAGCUAUGAAUGUUAUUGCUUUAUUACCAUAUAUGAUGUAUAAUUAUGAUAAUCAACAUGUUGUUUGUAUACAAGCAGCUGAAAGAAUAGCACGAGUAUGUAAUGAACAUGAUGAUAAAGCGAAAUUAACUGAAUUAACAACUGUUAUGUCAUUAUAUGCACAAGGAAAAUUUAGUUCAACAGCAUCACAAUGGGCUAAAUGUGUAUUAAAAUAUUUAACUGAUGUUUAUAUACAAGAUUCAAUAAAUUGGAUUCGUUUUUUAUGUGAAAUACUUGAUAAUGGUCCAAAUUAUUUACAAAUAUCAAUAUUAGAUAUAUUUUAUCAUCUUGUUACAUUAAUUGAUACGAAAUCAUUAAAUGAUUAUGCUUUAUUUAAUAAUGAACUUGUUCGAACAUUAUGUAAAUAUGUUAAUAAAACUGAAUAUUGUAAUGAAGUAACGAAAACAUUAAAAUUAUUAAUACAACGUUCAUCAAUAUUAUCAACACCUAAACAUAUAACAACUAAUAAUCAUUAUACAACAGCACCACUUAGUUCAUUAAUGGGUGAAGUUCAUUUUUUUGAUACACAUAAAAGUAGUAUUGAAUUACCAGGUCGAACAUUGGAUAUUGAUUAUAAUUUAUCUCAAAUAAUGAAUGCUAUUAAAGUCAAAGAACAACAAAAUCAAACAGCUUUGAAAUAUUCAUCAUCAGGUUUAACUAUUAAUAAUCGUCGUCGACAUACAUGUGUUGGUGCAACAAUUACUACUUCAGAAGUAGAUGUAACUAGUUGGAAACAAAAUGCUACUCAAUCACAGAUAAGAACUCGUGAACGUUUAAUGGCAUUAAUGUUUGCAUGUGAUAAACAAGCUGGUCUUUCACGAUUACCAUUAAAUCGAAGUGCAAGUGUUGUUUUUAGUCAAACAAGUGAUCUAGCCGAACAACCUCCAAUUGGUAGUUUACCAAGUUCAAGUAAAGAAUCUAUGACAUCGGAAAAUGUUGAUCAAACAUUUAUAUCAAAACAAUUUGAUUUCUUAAAUGAUGAGGAUUCAAUUCAUGAAAUGUUUCCAAUUACAACUGAAAUACAAGAUUUUGUUGAUGAAGAUGAUGGACCAAUGAUAUCAUUUGAUGAUGCUCAUUUACCUGUUGAUACCGAGCAUAGUGCAAGUGAUUUUACUCACAUGACUGAUGUUGUUGUUGAUACAUCAAGACAUAUGGAAGAAUUUACAUCGGCUAUGGAUGCUUCAACCACAACAGCUCCAAUAGCAACAGCACCAACGACAGGAAGAGAAAGAACAGGAGCGUCUGUUAAUUCUCUACGCUGCUCAUACAUCGUAGAUAGACUAGAACCGAAAAAGACCAAAAGGAGAGCACCGAGCAAAAUCUGGACAUCAUGGUCACGUGAAGAUAUGCCUGAUUUAACUGUUUCUCAAAAUUAUCAUCCAACAGGACUUUUACAUGUUGUUACAAUGAAUAAUGAAUAUAUUGAAGAUGCUUGGCAAACACAUGCUAAAAAUUUAAUUGAUGAAAUAAAUUCAUCUGAUAGUGUUAAAACAUUUUUAUUAUUUCGACGUUUAUUUAAAGAAAUUCGACGAAGAUUAUCUAUAUUUGUUCAUGAAACAUGUCAUUGUCUUUCAAUGGAUAAUCGUUUUCGACAAAUUGUUUCACAAUUUGUUCAUAUGCUUAAUAUUUUAAUGGAAAAUCUUGAUUGUACAUUAGUUUUUAUUGAUGAGAAUAUAAUGAAUAUCAAUCAAUUAUUAAUAAAACAUCGUUUAAUUAUAACUGAAUUAAAUGAAAAUUAUGGAAAUUAUAUAUCAAAAAAAGCUUUAGCUAUUGAUUGUCUUGAUUCAAUUAAAGCUAAUCUUAAAUUACAAUCAUUAGGUGAACGAGGUUAUAAUAAAUUUGUUUCAAAUGAACAAAAAAUUCAUAUGUGUAAACAUCUUUAUAACUUAUUUUUUCAAGUAAUAACAUUAGCAGAAAGUUAUUCAAAAUUAGUUAACAAUUUAUUACCUGUUGCACGUGAUUUAACAAUAAAUGUAAGAAAUUUAUCUUCAGAAUUUACAUCAGCAUCAAAUGGUUUAAAUGAUUUUUUGAAUGAUCUUCGUUCGGGUAAAGAAGAUCAACCAACAAUUGAAACAAAUAAUUUACCAAAUCGUGAUACAGCAAUAGCUUAUAUAUUUCAAUGUUUACAUUCAAAUACAUAUUCAAAUGCAAUUAAAUAUCUUCGAUCAGCACGAUCACUUUGGCCAGAUGAUUUUGGUGAUGAACAUAAUGAAGUUGAUGUUGCACUUACAAUUCUUUAUGAAUCAUUAAAAAAAAUGCAUACAACAGCAAAUUUACUUGUUAUUCUUCAACAAAAUCCUUCAAUUGCAGAUGUUUGUCAUCGAUUAUAUGAACUUAAUUUGAAAAUUCUUUCAUCAACACCUGAUUCUCUUUAA